AAAAACAAAAACAAACAAAAUUCAUUUUUUUCACGUAUAUCUACACACACAUAUGUAACGAAUCAAAAUAAAUUCAUUUUUUCUUUUUUUUUUGGUGUUUACAAAAUAAAAAACUAAAAAAAAGUGUAUUCGUUGGGGGAUAUGGAUACAAUUGUGGAUCAACAAAUUUGUUUACGAUGGAAUAAUUUUCAAUCAAAUAUUACUGCACAAUUUGGAACGUUGCGUGAUCAUGAGGAUUUUGUUGAUGUGACAAUUGCGUGUGGGGGUCGUCGGUUUGAGGCACAUAAAGUUGUACUUUCAGCUUGCAGUCCAUUUUUCAAAGAGCUGUUUAAAAGUAAUCCAUGCCCACAUCCAAUAAUAUUUAUGAGAGAUGUGGAACCCAAACACAUUCAAGCUCUGCUAGAAUUUAUGUAUGCAGGCGAAGUACAAGUGGCCCAAGCGCAUCUCGCCGGAUUUUUACGUACAGCUGAAUCACUACAAAUCCGUGGGUUAACCGAUGCAUCAAAUGGACACAAAAUUGAAAAUAAGAAUCAUUCUACAAAUGAAUAUGAAACUAGUCAACAAUUUUCAUCGAAAAAACACGAAGCAACAUCCCCACAACAAUUUGCAAAAGAUAACAGCGAAACUAAUCGAAAAUCUAAUUUUGAAGAAGUCACACAAAAUUUAUUUAAUUCAUCCCCCGAGCCAACAACCAUACCCUCCAACGAAACACAAAUCAACGGAAGUCAUUCAGAACUACAAAAUUCAACACAAGAAACACGGAAACAUCCAUAUACAGAAGCAAACCCUAGUCAAAUAUCGUCGUCAGCUGCUAAACGUCCAUGUAAAGAUAUGAAAUCAGGAUCCGUAAGUCCAAGUCAAUAUGUGAUACAUCCAACGGAUUUACAUUCAGAAUUAGAUCUAGCCACGGAUAUGAUUGAACCAAAAACUGAACCAGAUUAUGGAAGCGAUGACGAUGAACGAACCGGUUUAGAUGAAUCAAUUUUAGGGUUUGAUGAUGCUGCAGAUAUUGGAAAUGCUUUUGGUGGUACUUCAGGCGAUAUGGAAAUGAUGUCGGUUGCCAGUAAUGCAGAUUUAUCGCAAGAUUCAAAUCAAGGAAUUCAUUCAACCAGAACGAAGGGCUCAGACAAUUUAGGGCGUCACCAUUCACUUGAAGAUUCUUGGUUACCCUUAGCGUUGGACAUGUCUGGUGGUGGUGUAAACGCUGCAACAAAAAUGGUUGAGGCAGCUGCUAAUCAUGCCGAAAUGCUAACUCAUUUAGCCGCUUCCAAUUGGCGUACACCUUUAACACACUCUGCGUUACAUAACCACCGUCCAAAAUCAAGUGGUGUGGUAAAAUUAGGAGAAGGUAUUGAAAUUUGUGAAGAACAAUUACGUGGAGUUAAAUGGGGUGAUUACCGUAAAUUAACGCGCGGUCUUGCAACCAUUUUGUUCAGUCCAAUGGAAUUAGCUACAUGUUCUGUUACUGGACAACGUUGGAGUCGUGCCGGAACCGGAGAACGUCCGGUUAAACCUGCAUUAGAUCGAGCCAAAGUGCAAGCGAUUAUAUCUUACGUCGCAACAAGAUUUCCAAUGGUAGAAAUAAGUCGAAUCAAACAAGUACUGGCUUAUAAAUGUAAAGAAAAUUCAACUGCAUUCAAAAUGAAGGCAAUAAGAUUCUUUGGCGAUCAGCAUAUUCGAUCACCAGAAGAUCUCCAUUAAAUAUUCACAGGGGAAUUUUACAGAAUUAUUACUUAUUUUCAAAAAAAAGAAUUAUAUUUUCAAUAAUAUAUAAUAUGUAACAGUGUAGCAUAGACUGAAUCAAAAAUUUUGUUUCGAUGUUUUGUAGUGAUGCUUUUGAAAAAUUUCAGGAUAAAGAAGGCUGCAAAUUUAUGUUAUUUUUAUGUUGUAAUUAUAGGAUUGCCACCUUCCCAAAUUUGAUUGGAAGACUCGAAAUCGUGUAAUUUCACCAGACUCGAUCCAUCAAUGUAAAUUCUUCAGAGUUCAGUAAAUAAAGAUUUUCUUUUGGUUUCAUAUUCAGGGAAAUUCAACAAUUCUGAGCAGCUUUUAUUUUAAAUUACUUGAAGCAUAUUUAUUUAAAUAUUUAAUUAUGGAAAAAUUGAGUACACAAAACAUAAAAAAAUAUCGAACAGUAUUAUAAUUCAGUGGUAUAAGUAAAUUAAUUUCACUAUCUCCCGACUGUCUGGUUUAUCUCCAGACCUCCCGGAACUUUGAGGUGGCAACCCUAGUUGUAAUAAAGUUGAAAUACAACUGACUGUCUUCAAAAGUGUAGUCAAAGUUAAAGGCGUAGUAUUUGACAAUUACUAUCAGAAAGACUGAAAAUUUGUGAGGCUAUUUUCAAGAUUGUGUCUAACAAUUUAUGACUCUACCAAAAUUUUCUUAGCCGAGAAUUUCUCUUUCAAUUGCGGUAAACCUUAAGCGGUCAAAUAACAAGCAUGGCGCUAGAUCUAUGAAUAUAAUUCAUUAAAGAAAACGAAUUUAUGAGCACCCAGUUGGAAAUAUUUCUCUGAAAAAUAUCAUUUAUUAAUAAAAUAAUUUUUUGGUAAUACAAUGACAUAUCUUGAAUACAUAUGCAACGAUGCCAAGCAUAAAAUAAGAAUAUUAAAUUUCAUACAUUUUGUG